AUGGAGCGGUCACCAAACGACAUGUUGCUUUUUGUCCUCGGUGAAUUUCUUCGCGGAGUUGUCCAAGUUAUCGACGUGUGCUUGCUGGCUUGCCUGAGCGAAUAUCGUGUGCCUACAGAAGAAAUGUAUAAUUCCAAAGACCACCAGUCCUACGAGAUGGACCAACAGGGGCUCUCAUCGCAGGGUCAGGCGGUGGAGGUUGCGGAGGAGGUAGAGGGAGCACAGAGCGAUGGCAACGGCGUUCGUGGCUCACUCGGUUCACUGGGCGGUCCGCGCAUCGCCGGUGGUGACGUGAUGUACGACGGCCACGGAAGUCUUUCUGCCAUCCCAGUGUCCACGUUGACUGCAGCCCAAGCGGCCGCGGUGCACCAGCAACAAGCCAUCGCUGCAGCAGCGGCAGCCAACUAUCGAUACAUGACCCUUCCCAGUCAUCCUCAAGUAAUCCCAGCCACUGAAUACGUCUACACCAGUGGUGGUCCAGUAGGAAACCACAUUGUUGGCGGUCAGUCUUUCGUCGCUGCAUCCCACGCCCAGCCCCUUAUGUAUACAACCACCGCCGCCGCCCCUACAAACCAGCAUCAACAAAUACAACAGCCAUACGACCGGUGUCCUGCCAUCUGCAGUCUUUUUGCCAUAUUCUGCUGUCCGAUCACCUGUUGGUGUUCCCUCCCCGCCCUUGCCUAUUCCCUCUGUGCGUAUACCGACUACCGGGCCAAUGAUAUGCACUCGUAUCGGAGCAAGUCGGAUGUGGCACGCCGUUGCGUCAUUAUUGCCUGCAUCGUCGGGCUUAUUCUCUGCAUCAUCUGGGCGAUCCUUACCUUCCUGUAUUAUGGUGAAAUGCUUUUGUUGCUCGGCGAUGUAAUUAAGGCAGUGCAAAGGCACAUUUGGCCGGGUAAUUAG